GGCUCAGAGUCCCACGUCAUUUGUCUGCGACAAGUCGGCUUCCGCCAUACAGUCCAACAGCGAAUUGUCGAAAGAGCCGUCUUUGCAUCCGCCCGUGAAGACUAUCGUGAUAUCUUUUUUUGCGCUGAACACCUCGAUCCCAAAGAUCCUCAUCAAGGCGCACAGGGCAUUGUCAGAAGUCUUAUAGCCCAACUCUUGGUUUGCUAUCACGAAUUUGACAGUCGACUCAUCAAACAGCUCCUCAAGUCCGAUCUAGAUCAUCUUAAACCGUUAUGUGCCACCUUAGAGAUAAUGAUUAACGAACUUCCUGAAGUAGUGCUGACUUGCAUCAUCGAUGCUAUCACGAUGCAUGAGGACAGCGAGGCACGCUGCAAGAAGGUAGAGUAUGUUCUCGAUACUCUGAUUGAGAUUGCAGAAUCAGACAAUGAACGGAGAUGUGUGUUCAAACUCUUAGUCACGUCGCCAAGAGUGUCCAGAAGGUAUGGCGCGAGGACUGGCGGUAAGGCAUGCGCGAGUGUGCUCACGAUGCCGGAAAAGGUGGCUUCUCAAGGAGCUUUUACGAUGACAAAGUGGGGCGACUAUAUGCAAGCUGGUCAAAUUGGGUACACUGGUUGA